GGGGCGGAAGCGGCGGUGGCGGCGGCUGCGGCGGGUCCGGGCCCGGGGAUGCGGUGCGUGGUGACCGGGGGCAACGUGACCGUACUCGCGAGGGCGAUUCACGCCUUGGCCAGGGUUGGCGAUGAGUGUUACCUUGAGGCUUUCCCGGAGGGGCUCGCCCUGCGGACCGUCAACCCCUCACGCUCGGCCUACGCCUCCUUCCUGCUCGGCCCGCUCUUCUUCCAGAAAUACGAGGAGGGCAGCUGCCGGGGCGCCCGCAAACUCGUCAUGAAGUCGAUGCUGUCUGUCUUCAAGUCCUCGACGUCGGCGGAGAGGGCAGUCGAGCUGUGCAAGUUGGUCCUGGACAAGAGCGGGGACCGGCUGCUGGUCCAGUUCCUGUGUCGGCACGGGAUCACCAGGACCCACAACCUCUGCCUGAUGGACUGCGAGACGCUGCAGGCAAUCUACUCUGAGCAGGACUGCGAGAACAGCCUCUGCGCCCAGCCCAGGCUGCUGACGGAGACGGCGGUACACUUCCCGGUCAACCAGGAGGAGGUAACGCUGGAGGUCGACGUGCGGAGGGCGAUACUGCGGAACUAUACAGAACCCAGCUCCGAUCUGAGGAAGACCGUUCUGACAGAGCUGGCCCUCACCGCCCAGGAGUUCGACCACUUCUCCGUCAACGACCCCUCGGAGAUCACCUUCUGCCUGAAAGAGCUGCGGGGUUUGCUGAAUUUCGCUGAACCUUCUGGACUGCCCAUCAGCAUCCAUUUCUCUGGACCGGGAAGCCCGGCAAUUUUCUCUGUCCGAGAAUCUGUGCUGGAGGUAACGUGGCUGCUCGCAACACUCGCUGACCACAGAACGACAUCGCAGAGGGCUCGGAGAAAGGACACAAAUUCAAGUUACGCGGAGAUUUCCGACGCGAACAUCGAUUUUCCGGAGGAGAUGGAGGUAUCGCUGGAGGGGAGGGAGAGGUUUUCCCCAGAGUCCAGGCAGACGGAGCCUCCCGGACACAGCCCCGGCUCGCCCCUCGCCCCUGCCUCGAAGAGGAGCCUCGUUGGCGAGGCCGAGGGGGAGGAGGAGGACGAGGCAGAUGUCGAGGAGAUACCAGCCACGCCCCCGCAGAAGAAGAAGUUCCGCUCCCUGUUCUUUGGAUCGACCCUCUCCCCCGAACGCUGCUCCCCACCGGGACACGAGGUCCUGGCCACAGACAGCGAUACGGACGCGGACUGCUGACGAAAGGGUAGGGCGCCGGGCACAAUCCUGAUUUGAUGGAGACGGACGUGAGAGCACGGAGGAACAUCUGGAGAAACUUCUGCCGCCGCUGCUACUGUGUGGUAACCGGAAUCUCCGGAGGGGAAGGGCCCGAAAUCCUCGGCUUUGUGUGUUUCAGCGGCCGGGGAGAGGUCGGAGGCGCUCGGCAGAGGAUGGCGCUCGGGGGGCUGUAUCGGAGGGGCUGGUCGGAGGCUCGAAGUCUUCGGACGGACGGACUCAGUGGUCGGCUGCUUCCAAGGCAUCGGCAAGUUGACGGUGCCUGGAGGUUUACGGCAGGGAGUUUCUCCCUUUUGCCGCCUGCUAUCGGGGACUCGGGAGACGAUCGAGACUUGGGACUUGUUUUUUACCGUGCCCAUGGUCCGCUC